AUGCCAGAACCGCCAAACCCCAAGAAAGGCUCGAAGAAAGCCGUGUCCAAGGCCACCAAGACCGGCAAAGAAGAGGAAGAGACCAGGAGGAGCUACGCCAUCUACGUGUAUAAGGUGCUGAAGCAGGUUCACCCGGACACCGGGACCUCCAAGGCCAUGCUGAUCAUGAACUCCUUCGUAGACAUCUUCGAGCGCAUCGCCGGUGAGUCCUCCAAGCUGACUCACUACAACAAGCGCUCCACCAUCACGUCCAGGGAGAUCCAGACCGCCGUCCGCCUGCUGCUGCCCGGGGAGCUGGCCAAGCACGCCGUGUCCGAGGGCACCAAGGCCGUGACCAAGUACACCAGCUCCAAGUAAACCCGCUGCCGACCUGCGACACAAAGGCUCUUUUAAGAGCCAC